AGUGUGAAGUAUACGAAGACUGGGAUAUUGAAAGCAGGGAUGAAGAGUGGCUGGAAGGCGACGAUCGUACCCAAGAAUGUGGAUUAGAGUUCUAUGGAAAAUCAACCAAAAUGAAGAAAUUUCAUCGUGCAGGGAUUCAUCGAGAGCAGAGAAGAAAAAUUAUCAUAAAUCGAGUAUGAAGAAGUUAAGGAGGAGAGGAAGAAGGCAUCAAUCACAGCGGAACUCCAAAGGGAAGAAUGAAGAAGAAAUUGAAUAUCCAAUAAGGAAUCGCUGGACCGGUUCUGCACGGUGGUUUACCGAAGAAGAAACGGCGGAGAAGGAAGAGAGAACGUAUAUCGGAAAAUCGGCAACGAAAUGCGGAGACUGGGCGCGAGGGAUCAGGGAAGAUAGAACUUGCGACGAAGGUUGGAUGUCAGAAGAGAGGCCUGGCCACUGUCGGUGAGACAGAAGGGAAGGCGUUCGAGUAAUCGAAAAAUGGGGAAAUGGUCGAUGUCCAUGUCGAAAAUAGACAAAGGGAGAGACAAGAAAUCGAUGACGGCCAUCAUCGCCGGCAGGUGCUGCUAUGGUCGGAGAGGAAGAAGGGAUGGGGUGUCGUUGUAAAUUUCGUGACAGAGAUAGCAGAUCAUGUGAGAAAGAAAGAAAAAGAAAACCCUAAUCACGUGACCGAGAGGGAAGACUCUAGAAGCAUGUGGGGCCUUGGACUCUGUGGGCUGAUUGUUAAUGCAAUUGUUGAAACCCAUUUUCUCUUUAAGACAGAGAGCAUGAGGGAAGGAGUUUUGGGCCUCGUUGCUUUAGGUUUUAAACCUAAAAAUCAAAUUGGAUUGACACCAUCUUACCCACCCAUGUGAAGCGUUGUCCAACCUAGCCGCCACUACCUUCAUCUUCAUCUUCUCCACUGCUAUCACCACCGGCGUCUCCACUCAACCGUCGGUGCCACCGCAAACACGCUUCUCCAUCGUCCUACCGUUGCCGACCACCUUCGACUUUCAUCCCCAUCUUUCGUAUGCCGCCUCCAACAUCCGUCAGCCACCGUUUGUCAGGCACCGCCGUCGACACCGUCUGCCAGCCUAUUGCAUAUUCCCUCACGGCCACCGAUCCAGCUAAGGAAUAUGGAGGAAACUCAGCAAAUAGAGGAUGCAUCAUCUGAAACCGUCCCAGAUAAAGCAUCGGAAGAGAAUCAUGAAACUCGUGAUGAAAUGCUUUCUAGGCAUAGGAAAGAGAUAUCACAGUUGCAGAACAAAGAAAUUGAACUUAAAAAGGCCGCUGCUAGAGGUAGCAAAGCUGAACAAAAAGUGAAGAAGAAACAGGUGGAGGAAGAGAUAUCUCAACUUUCUGCUAAGCUAAAAAAGAAACACACUGAAGAACUUGCGUCAUUAGGCUAUAGUAACAAGAACAGCAACAGUAAUGGAAAUGAAAAAAACAACCUCGACAAUCUAGUGAAGGCCAUAGCUGGAGUGUCGAUGACAGCUCAAUCUGACCAUUCAAAGCCCAGCAAAAGCACGAAGCGGAGGGAGAAGAGGGCUCAACAAGAGGCGGAAAGAGACAGAAGAAUUGAAGAGGAGCAGAGCAACAUUGUGAGUGAUAGAAUGGUUGAGAAUGAGCAGUUGGAAAAGAAGCUUGGACCUCUUGGUUUGACUGUUCACGAAAUCAAGCCAGAUGGGCAUUGCCUCUACCGAGCAGUCGAAAACCAGCUCGCCUUCCUUUCAGGUGGUUCGCCUCCAUACACAUUCCAAGAACUUCGCAAGAUGGUAGCAACUUAUAUGAGAGACCAUUCACCUGAUUACAUGCCAUUUUUCCUCUCAGACAACACCGAUGAUUCGCUGGCUGAAAGAUUCGAAAAUUACUGCAAGGAAGUCGAGUCAACAGCAGCGUGGGGAGGGCAGCUGGAGCUCGGCGCUUUGACCCAUUGCCUUCAAAAACAUAUCAUGAUAUUUUCAGGAUCCUUCCCUGAUGUGGAAAUGGGGAAGGAAUACAAAUCAGAGGGCUUAGUGAACUCAAGUAUUAGGCUGUCGUACCAUAAGCAUGCCUUUGGACUUGGGGAGCACUACAAUUCUGUGGUUCCUGUAUGAGACCCAAUUGGGCUACUUUGCUUUGGCAUCUAUUCUGCAAUAUCUUUUGAGCCUUGAGUUUGUACCUAAAGGACAAGACUUGUGCUAACAUAUAGAUUGUUCUUUUUGUUUCCUUCCAUAGAUGAUAUUUUGUUUAGCCUUCCUCGAAUUUAUCCGACGAUUAUCCGAAUCGAGUUCUUCUAGUUAUAACAACUUCUAACUUUCAUUUGGUGUUA